AUGGGCGCGCAGUUGAAUCCGGAUGACGCAUACCUUAGCUAUCACGAUAUCAGGUUGACAAGAGGCGAUUUACAAUCUCUCAAGGAUGACUGGCUUACAGACAAUAUCAUCUCUUUCUGGGAGGAGUACCUGGAACGCGAGUUUCUCACAGAAUACAAGACAUCCAAUAUCGUCCUCCUACGACCGAGCAUGUCCUUUAUGAUCUACCAAACCGAGAAUCCGCAUUCCCUGCGAGACGCAUUACCGGAUUUCACCCGCACAACGCACGUCUUCCUCCCUAUAAACGACUGCCGAAACGUCACAGAAGCCGAAGGGGGCACACACUGGUCUUUGCUCCUGAUCUCGAUAGUCGACGGGAUAGCGUUCCACUACGACUCGUUACCACCGGGGAACUACUGGGAGGCGAAAACGGUCACGAUGAAGUUCGGCGCCCUCCUCAACCGCCCGAUACGAUUCGUCAACCUCGAGGAUUCACCGAUCCAAGAGAACGGCAGCGACUGCGGCGUCUUUGUAUGCUUGAACAUGCGCCAGCUCCUCCUGAAACGACUCCUCCGCGCAAACUCCAACGAGAAGGUUAGCAUGAGUCUGGGUGGCUCCAAGGUAGACGCUCGCUCGGGCCGCAAGGAGAUAGCGAAGACGAUUGAGAGUUUCCGGAAAGAAGGCGAAAGGCGAAGAUCGUAUAGCCAGUUUAAGCCCUUCCGGGAAGAAAUCGAGGAGCCCGCCGCGCAUUGA